AUGACGUCACGCCCCUCCCCCCAGGGGUCCCCCCCGUCCUGGGCGUUCCCCGCCCCUCCCCCCCCAGGGGACCCCGGGGCCGGCGGAUCGGGGUCCCGGUCCCUAAAGGGGGGCGCGGGGGGGGCGUCACCGAAGGGGGCGGGGGGCGAACCCCGGUGGGAAUCGGGGUUAAAAUCCCGGUGGGAAUCGGGGUCAAAAUCCCGGUGGGAAUCCGGGUUAAAAUCCCGGUGGGAAUCCCGGUUAAAAUCCCGGUGGGAAUCCGGGUUAAAAUCCCGGUGGGAAUUCGGAUCAAAAUCCCGGUGGGAAUCCGAGUUAAAAUCCCGGUGGGAAUCCCGAUUAAAAUCCCGGUGGGAAUCGGGGUUAAAAUCCCGGUGGGAAUCCCGGUUAAAAUCCCGGUGGGAAUCGGGGUCAAAAUCCCGGUGGGAAUCCCGGUUAAAAUCCCGGUGGGAAUUCGGAUCAAAAUCCCGGUGGGAAUCCCGGUUAAAAUCCCGGUGGGAAUUCGGGUUAAAAUCCCGGUGGGAAUCCCGGUUAAAAUCCCGGCGGGAAUCGGGGUUAAAAUCCCGGUGGGAAUCGGGGUUAAAAUCCCGGUGGGAAUCCCGGUUAAAAUCCCGGUGGGAAUCGGGGUUAAAAUCCCGGUGGGAAUUGGGGUUAAAAUCCCGGUGGGAAUUCGGAUCAAAAUCCCGGCCGGGAUCCCGGUCCCGGUGCAAAUCCCGGUGGGAAUCCCGGUCUGGCCACAAAUCCCGGUGUCUCCCCCGGGACAAACCCUCCCGGGAAUCCUCGGGUGAAUCCCGGUGCAAAUCCCGCUGCCAGCCGGGCUGGGAAUCCUCGUGGAAAUCCUGGUGGGAAUCCCGGCCCGAAUCCCGGUUCCAAUCCCCGUGCGAGCCCCGGUGCAGAUCCCGGUCCGAAUCCUCGGGCACAUCCCGGUCCGGAUCCUGGUGGGGAUCCCGAUCCAAAUCCCGAUCCGAAUCCCGAUUUAAAUCCCGGUGCCAACCCUCAUGCAAACCCCGGUGCCGCUCCUGGGGCAGAUCCUCCUGCGAAUCUCGGUCCGGAUCCCGGUCCGAAUCCCGAUCCAAAACCCGGUCUAGAUCCCGAUCCAAAUCCCGGUCUAGAUCCCGGUCCGAAUCCCGGUCUAGAUCCCGGUCCGAAUCCCGAUCCAAAUCGCGGUGCGAAUCCCGGUUCCAAUCCCGGUUCCAAUGCUCGUGCGAGCCCCGGUGCCGCUCCUGGGGCAGAUCCUCUUGGGAAUCCCGGUCCGAAUCCCGAUCUAGAUCCCGGUCCGAAUCCAGGUCCAAAUCUCGGUCCGAAUCCCGAUCUAGAUCCUGGUGCAAAUCCAGGUCCAAAUCCCGGUUCCGAUCGUGGUGCGAGUCUCGGUCCAAAUCCCGGUUCCAACCCCGGUGCCAGCUCCGGUUCCGCCCCGGCCGCGGCUCCCGGUGCCCUCCCGGUGCCAAAUCCCGCUGAGGAU